UACGUGUAUUUUCAUAGUCAGGAAGAUUAAAAUGAUGACUAACAGUUCUGGAAGAGGGCUCCCACCCGAUCUUUCACAGAUAAAAGUUACUGAUAGUGAUAGCAAUGGAAGCCAGAUUCUAUACUUUGCAUUUGGAAGUAAUUUGUUUACUCAGCGUAUACAGAUUAAUAAUCCAAAAGCAUGUCACCAUACUAUAGGGAAAUUACAAAAUUACAGAUUAGAAUUUUUUGGAUAUUCUCCUGAAUGGAGAGGAGCAACAGCAUCAGUUGUUGAAAGCAACAGAAGUGAAGUGUGGGGAGUUGUGUGGAAGAUUCCUUUGUCUGAAUUGAAUAAUCUUGAUAGGCAAGAAGGAAGUUAUGAUGUCUGCCAGGUUCCCAUAGUAACCCAUGAAGGCCACAUACUUCAGUGCCGAACCUACCAACUUAAGUCUGCGACAGGUGAAAUCGGAAAACCAUCUAGAGUAUAUAAAGCUUGCAUGGUCCAAGGUGCUAUUGAACACAACCUACCACAACAUUAUGUAGAGAAAUUGCAGAAUAUUGAAGACAAUGGUUAUGAAGGUUGUGUGGAUAUACCCGUUAAUAUUAAGAAAUUGUUUAACACUAACUAGCAUUAAUUUUAGUUACUAUGGUCACCGUUAAUUUGCAAAAAGUAACAGUGAUACAUACAGGUUGAUUUUAAAAUGAAUAUUGUAGGUGACUGGCAGCAGCUUUGCUUUUGUGUGUGGUGAUUAUGAAUCUUGCUCUGUGAUGCAAAAAAGCUGGUCAAAAUUGCUAUAAUUAGUAUUUUGUGUACAUGAUAUCUGAAUUUGUUGUAUUACAACAAAAAUGUCAUUUUUAUCCUUUUUCUUUGAUUAAGUAUAAUAAAAAAUAUACUUUAUUAAUAAAUACAUUUGUGAUGCACCAAAAUAUGUUAUAUAUUCUC